AUGGCGAACACAGGCGCUGCAAUAACUCCUACGACAUCGCUGCACUUUGACCCAGAGGGUCAGGUUAUCAUCAACGUGGUGACCAAGAACGAUGUUUCUGCGGCCAGCGCUGUGGAAGAAAUAGUCACCCUCAGUUCGGUCACCGCAGCUUCUUCUGCCGAUAAUGCUUUAUACCGCCAUGCUUCAAAUGUCUCGCUCACCAUUCAUGCUCUGUCAAUGCGUAUCCCACACAAUCAACAAUCCAAGCUCGUUGAAUUUUGCAUUCGCCUCCAACAGGUAACUGUACCUGAUCCCACCAAUGGCGGGUACAAGGGCCAGGUUUUCUGGUCGCAAAUGCCUCAAAUGUCUAUCACUUUAGCUGAGUAUCAGCUCACUCGCGCUCCAACUGGAAGCAAUGAGGGCGCGAGUUAUAAUUAUGAAAACUGCACAGCUUGGCGUGCUCAACUAUCCGAAUUAGGAUUUUGCCACUACAAAGAGGAUAUAUCCUGGAAUUAUGACCAUGUGACGCGCGUAUUCCAGCAUAAUUACAAGCCUACCAGAAAGAGGGAGGACGUACGAUUGAUGUGCAUGUGGUUUAUUUAUGCCCCGCAAAAGGUCUGGCUCGACUUUCAGCUGCACCGCAAGCGAGAGAACCGCUACCUACAUAAGACGGAGGAGUUUCAGUCAUGGCUCUGGCCAAGCUGGAAAGACUUUUUAGAAGACUGCCAGAAACUGCCUUCAGAAGACAGCGAGGAUGAGGACAUGCUCUCUGAUGGUAGUAAUAAUGAGGAUGAUAACAACGAUGCAGAGGAUUUUGGCGUCGAGGACGGGCAGGAUGUCCCAGACAAAGAUACGCAAGAGCUUAUUGGGCGUGCACUGAAUAAUAUAGAGAAGGCAGAGAUAGAACAAGGAAUGUAUUAG